UCUGAAAAAGGCCCAGGACGUUCUGGUAUAGGAGAUGGAAGUGGUAAAACAAGGUAUGAGCCAUGGAGAACUCUCAAGUGAAGCUUACAACCAGGUGUGGGAAGAAUGCUACAGUCAAGUUUUAUAUCUCCCUGGGCAGAGCCGCUAUACACGGGCCAACCUAGCAAGCAAAAAGGACAGAAUUGAGUCACUUGAAAAGCGGCUUGAGAUAAAUAGGGGUCACAUGACAACAGAAGCCAAGAGAGCUGCAAAGAUGGAGAAGAAGAUGAAAAUUUUGCUUGGGGGUUACCAGUCUCGUGCUAUGGGGCUCAUGAAACAGUUGAAUGACUUAUGGGACCAGAUUGAGCAGGCUUACUUAGAGUUACGCACUUUUGAAGAACUCAAGAAACAUGAAGAUUCUGCUAUUCCCCGGAGGCUAGAGUGUCUAAAAGAAGAUGUCCAGCGACAGCAGGAAAGAGAAAAAGAGCUUCAGCAUAGGUACGCCGACUUGCUGCUGGAGAAGGAGACUUUAAAGGCCAAAUUCUGAAGCACAGUUUAUAUUCUGUCACAAGAUGAAUUAC